AUGGGAUGCUAGAAGAAAACAUGGAAGGAGAAUAUGUUUACUCCUCGUUUUAGUGCUCAGGAUGUUCUAGAAGAGCCUUCUCACACUGAAUCUUCUUCUGAACCAAUAAGUGUAGACAAGACCAAGAGAAUGGAAGGAAAUUAUAAUUUGUCCAGUAGAAAGUUUCAGGAUGAAAAUAAAUUUAAGAGGAAAGAAUAUAUUUCUCAACUAAAUGAAAGAGAGCAAGAACAAAAUUUAAGGGAGAGAAGGAUAAACAUGUCAAAGAAUGAGGCAGACGUGAAGUCUGUCUCCAGUGAAUCAUUUAAUUUGGAUAUUCCAUCUGAAGAAAUUAACAGAACAGAAGAUUCUUGUACCUGGAGUAAAGAGGAAUUACCAAUCCUACCAUCACAAGCCCCAAGGAAGAAAGUAACUGAAGGAAUGUCUCCAAAACUUCGCCUGAACCUUUUGAAUGAAGAACUAGAAGAACUUAAUAUGAAAUGCAGAAAAAUAGAAGAGGUUGAAAAUGCUGAAAAAGAACUUUUGAACUCCAAGAAAGAAGUUUCUAUGAAAUCCCUAAAUUUUCAAGAAACAGGGACAGAUACUUUGAAGAAUGACAGGGAACUUCAAGCUUUAAAAAAUGACCUAUCCGAAAAAGCGACAAAUGUAAAAAACUUAACUGAGGAGCUCCAGCAAGCCAAAGAAAUUAUCCACAAGUUGAACCUAGAGAACAGAAAUUUAAAAGAAGCUGUUAGGAAGUUAAAGCGUCAAAGUGAAAUAGGAAAUGCUUCUCCUAAAGAAGAAAUGAAAUUGUAUUAUGAAUUAGAAAUGGACAAGAUCCGCGGAGAGCUGGUUGCCAUCAAGAAUGAACUGAGAGCUGAGAAGACCCUGCAAGCAAGAAAUAACAAAGCACUGGAGUUGCUUAGAAAACACUUUGCUUCCAUGAUAAGGUCAUCAAACACCCUGAACCACUUUACAGGAGAUUUUUUUAAAGUUAAAAAGCCUUUCAUUAAGCAAGUCAUUGAGCCAAACCAAUAUUUAUUAUGCUAUCUUUGUAUACUACUUAAAAUGUAUGUAAUGGGAUGUAAUUUUCACUUUUGCUGCAUCAAAAUAUCUGUAAAACAUAUAGAUGUUCAUUUCAAAGUUUCUGCUUUCUCUUUCUAAUGGAGUGAUUUUGAGAAUCCAAAUGGAAAUGAAGCCUCAGAAAUUUCUUUGUAUAUGCAUAAAUAUAUAUAUCUAUAUAUUUCAGUCAAAAAACACAGUGAUUCACCAUAUCAGUUAUGAAUAUAAAUCAACAGUCAUUUUGUGAUCCUGUGAGCAAUAUGUCCUUGGCACGUGGAUAUUCUCCCAUCUGUGUUCAUUGAUGUUGACAAUAAAAAUAUUGUUUAUG